AUAGUCGAAAAGACAACUGACUACCCUUCAGCCGAGUACUCCCUGGUGGAGGAUGUAGCCCUCCACUUCACGUGUUUGAUGGACAGACUGAACGAGCAGCGCCUCUUUCAGCCGGACCUGUGCGACGUGGACAUCGUGCUGGUGCAGCACAAGAGCAUCUUCCCGGCGCACAAGGGGGUCCUGGCAGCCUACAGCCAGUUCUUCCACUCCCUCUUCACCCAAAACAAGCAGCUGCAACGCGUGGAGCUCUCCCUGGAGGCCCUCACUUCUCAGGGCCUCCAGCAGAUCCUCAACUUCAUCUACACCUCCAAGCUCCUCGUCAACUCCUGCAAUGUGCAGGACGUGCUGAACGCGGCCGCCGUGCUGCAGAUGAACAACAUCGCGUCCUCCUGCCAGGACCUGCUGGACACGCGCUCGCUCAGCCUGGCUACAGACAUGGCCCUGCCCGCCGAGGGCUGUGCUGGCCCUCCUCCGUAUUACUGUGAGAUCAAGCAGGAGGUGGACACCCCUCACCCCAAAAUCUACGCCCGGGAGGGCACUGACCCCUACUCGGUGCGGGUGGAGGAUGGGGCGGGUGGUGGGCCGCUGCCACCAGGACAAGCCAAGCAGUACUACAAGGAGGAGAAGGAUGGAGGUCCGGGUGCUGUCUGCAAGGUGGAGGGCGAGGAAUCCGAGGAGGACUUGGACAGCCAGAGCUCCUACAACCGGGAGCAGAUCAUCGUGGAGGUGAACCUCAACAACCAGACGCUCAAUGUCUCGAAGGGCAUGGAGGGGAAGGCGGCCGCCAGCGAGGCGGCUGUGAUGGGGCGGCCCGAUGGAGAUGGACGUGACACAGAGGAGGAUGGGGAGGAGGAGAACGAGGAAGGGGAUGAGGAGGAGGAGGAAGAGGAGGAUGCAGAGGUGGGUGAGGAGGAAGAGGAGGAGCACAGUGAGGAGGAAGACCUGGAGGAGACAACAGAAGAGGAGGAGGAGGAGGAGGAGGAUGAAGACGCAUCAGAGGUGAAAAGGGAAAAGAGUGGGCAGACCCGCAGAGGAAGCCGAGCGUCCAAAGCCACCAAAUCUGCCAUGGCCACCCGGUCCCAGGAGAUGGCCAAGACAGAAGAGGAGGAAGAGGAAGAAGAGGAAGGGCAACGAGGGCGGAAGAGGAAGAAAGAGCAAGACGGGCUGGGCCAGAAGGUGAAACUGGAGGAGAAGCAGCACUACCCGUGCAAGAAGUGUCCCCGGGUCUUCAACAACCGCUGGUACCUGGAGAAGCACAUGAACGUCACGCACAGCCGCAUGCAGAUCUGUGACAAGUGUGGCAAACGCUUCCUGCUGGAGAGUGAGCUGCUGCUGCACCAUCAGACCGACUGCGAGAAGAACAUCCAGUGUGUGACGUGUGGGAAGGGCUUCAAGAAGCUCUGGUCGCUCCAUGAGCACAACAAGAUCGUCCACGGCUACGCUGAGAAGAAGUUCUCCUGCGAGAUCUGCGAGAAGAAGUUCUACACCAUGGCCCACGUGCGCAAACACAUGGUUGCUCACACCAAGGACAUGCCCUUCACCUGCGAGACCUGCGGGAAGUCCUUCAAGCGCAGCAUGUCCCUCAAGGUCCAUUCGCUGCAGCACUCCGGGGAGAAGCCUUUCAAGUGUGAGAACUGCAACGAGCGCUUCCAGUACAAGUACCAGCUGCGCUCCCACAUGAGCAUCCACAUCGGCCACAAGCAGUUCAUGUGCCAGUGGUGUGGCAAGGACUUCAACAUGAAGCAGUACUUUGAUGAGCACAUGAAGACACACACGGGUGAGAAGCCCUACAUCUGCGAGAUCUGCGGGAAGAGCUUCACCAGCCGCCCCAACAUGAAGCGGCACCGCCGGACCCACACGGGCGAGAAGCCCUACCCCUGCGACGUCUGCGGCCAACGCUUCCGCUUCUCCAACAUGCUGAAAGCCCACAAGGAGAAAUGCUUCCGUGUCAGCAACCCCUUGGCAUCGGACACAGCGGUCCCUCAGCCUGCUGCCAGCCCGGCCCCGCUGCCCCCCGGCGUCUCCCCGCUGCCGCUGCUUCCUCCCCUGCCACAGACCCUCCCUCCUCCUCCUCAUCUACCACCCCCGCCUCCCCUGUUUCCUGCGGGGAGGAUAAAUUCAAACAACAACUAGGUGCCCUCCCCCUGCACAGACUGCUCUGCCCUUUGGAAACACCCGGGGAGACGUGGCUUCGCUUCCUCUCUGCCCCAUUCCUCCUCCUCCUCGUUUUGGGGUUGUUUUGGUGUUUAUUUUUCUUUCUUUUUUCUUUUUUUUUUUUUGUUUUCCCCUACAAAGCCUUUCCCUGUGGGGAGUGGGAGCAGGAAGAAGUCCCCAAGGGGCUUAGAUGUGGAGGGGGGGACUGUAUGUAAGGGUGCAGAUAAAAGACUUCACUCUCUAUUUCAUCUUGGCCAUGGAGCCCCCUGACAGCCCUCCACCAGCACUCCCCAUCAUAGGGAAAACUGGGAAGAAAAGCGUCUCCCAAGGCAUUUUUCCCACUGAGAGACAGUGAUUUGACCCAGCAAGGUGAUGCAGGCACCACUGGCUCCAUCCCCAGCUGAGUUGCUUAUUCCAGCCCUUCCUGGUUGCCCUGUCACUAUGCAUUGCAUUCAUCUCCACGUCAAGAGGUCGGUGGGGCUCAGAGGGACGCCAUGCUGUGCCAUCGGGCUGCCAGCACUACAGUGUUUAUAAGCAGAAAUCUAGCUAGUGGUGCUUGAAUCCCUGUACUGUAAAGCUGGUCUUUCAAUCAAGCUCUUUCCCCAAGAGUUGAGGUGUGCUAGCUUCCUGGCGGCAUGCAGCAAAGCAGGUGUCCCCAUUGACAGCCAUCAUCUGGCCUUGCUAGCAGCCCUCUCCUUGUCUUCCUCCCCCAGCGCAGGUUUUUCUCUCAACAGACAAAAGCACAACACUGGUGCUGUGUUUUGGGGGCAUGGGCAGCCUGCUGCCCUUUUGUCUUUGGGAUGCCCUUCUCAUCCCAUUGAGAGAUGGGUUUCUGGAGAAACUCUGGUGUUUGCAGAGUGGCUUUGGGAGAGCUGGGAUGGCCUCAGGACCAGUGGGAUGACACCAGGAUGUAGGAGUGGGAUGCAACCGGUCCUUGGCAGAAUCAGCCCAGAAUAGUGCCUUAACAAUCCAAAUAAACCCGACCUGUGGGUGAGCUCCAUGUGUUGGCUGGGAGCUGCUGUGUCUCAACCCAGGCAUUAGAGUGGAGGCAAGGCCUUUUUCUUGCCAUGUCAGGAAAGCCCACUUUGCUCUACCAAGCUUCGCCUCCCCAUAGGGUCGGCAGUCCCUCACAGGGAUCAGAAGGGACUGAUGUGCCAGAGAGGGCUGUGGUUGGCUUGGUGGUGCCCCAUGGUGUGGGUUAAUACGUCUUUGGCCACGCUGUGUUUGUGUGUUUCUCUCCCAGCGAUCUGUGUGAUGCUGAAGUGAGGCCGGCCUUUGAUUUCGCUUACUCAUGCCAGCAGAGAAGAAUUGUGGUCUUGAGUAAGGGAGGAGCUGGAAUUCUAUUAAGGCUUUGCUGUUGUCUUCUUGGUGAAUGCUGGGGUCCAAUCUGGGUCUCCUGCUGCUGCACUUUGCCUUGGGAUGUCACAUGUUGCUCUGAACAUGACUCUGUGGUCUCUGGUACAGUGUCACUGUUGUGGGUUCAUUUGGGGAGCACUGCAGGAGCUGCAGAGCCUCCAGCAUGGGCAGAGAGGUGCCAGCCCGGGUGUAGGGGAUUCCUUGCUGCUCAGGGCAGCUCUGCAGAUGUAUGUGGAUAUCAGUCAGGUUGCAGAGGAGGCGGUGAGGAGGUUUCUUGGUGGUCAGGAGUGAGAGAGGACAUUGGGUGGGCUGCAGGAGCCCUUUCUUGUGUGCUCCUGUCUGGGAGGUAUCAGGGUGCUGGGGAAGGUGAAUCACACCUGGCCCUGCAAGGAGUCUUGGUGCUUCGUCUCCUGGACCAAAUGAGCAAAGCCCUUGUGCACAUCUCCUGAACUGGGCUUAGGAGUGUGUAUGUGCAGAGCCAGGAGAGCUCAUCAUCAUGCUCAGGGGCGUUGCUGGACAGGGAUGUGCAUUGAGACAGGUCUGAGGAAUGCUGGCUGCUCUGAAAGAAUAAUGUUUGAGCUAACAGCUUGGGUGACCAGUGUCCCCUGCUGGAUGACUGAGUGGUGUCCCCAUGCCUGACAUCCCUGGAGAGCUUGCUGUUCUCAUGGGUUGUUAGCACUUUGUAGCAACAGUUUGCUUGUCACUGUACAGGCUGGGGUCCAGUGUACCAGGAUCAGUAGCAGGGCUUCACCCUCACUCCCCUCUGCCUUUGAGCAGGGGGAGGAUGCGAUGGCUUAGCUGCCUCGAUGUAUUUAACCUUCUCAGAUGGGUAUGAAGAGCUUGGCCACUUUCCGUCCUUCAUGACCCUGGCAUGGUGCAAAGCUUUCUCAAACACCCACCUGUGAGGGACAAGUGCUCAGUUCUUGGGGCUGUUGACUUUUUGAAGGGACCAUGACCCAGCCUGGGAGGUGGCUGCUUUGGAGGAGCUAUCAGUAAUACCCCCGGAGGUACUGGAGGGCCUCGGUAGAGCAAUCUGUGCUGUCUCUUCCUCCACUGCCUCCCAGACUUUAUCCCUUUGGGCUCCCUCACGUUUCUUUCCCCUUGCACUCGGCCUUGAGAUGGGAUGGGAGCCUGCACCACGAGGAGACUUCACCUUGCCUGUGUGGUCUCUUGUGAUGAACCCCAUUGGCCUGCCUUCCUGGUAGACUUCUCCCCAAAUAAAUCCCCCCUCCAACACGCCCGUGCUCCUUUAUCCGCUCAUGUGGAGGUGGCUUUCCCUAUCCCUGUCCUCAUCCUCUCCCAGCAAGGACCUGUCCCACUUGGAUGCUGACAUGGGGUGAGAGCUCUUUAUUGGAACUAACAAAGCCAAGUUUGGUCCAGGUGAGAUGAGCAGGUGCAGAGCGCUUGCCAUCCCUCAUCCUACAGCAGCCAGGCCUCGCCACAUCCAUGGGAAGCCUCACGACUGAGCUCGACCACCUCCAGUCCCCUUCAAGAGACGCCCGGAGAGCCACUUGGAGACAUUGAGAUGUGACCAUGCACACAGCACUUUGGAGAACCAGAUCCCUGCUGUUCCCUCCCCGCUUCAAGGCCUGGGCAGCUCCUAGGAGUCCAGCGUGGCCUCCGAGCCCUUUUGUCUGCACCCUUGUUUGGCCCUGAUGUGUCCUGUCAUGUCUGGUGUUCGUUAACGUUCUCAAAUGAGUCGCUCUCACAGAGUCUUGUCCCGCUUUCACCCCGGUUGGACCAUGUUGGCACCCUUUAGGUUAGAUGGGGGAUGAGACAGGAGAGUCGGGCCCGUUGUGUUCAAGCUUUUUAUAUUUUAUUUUAUUUUUUUAUUUUUAACUCUUGCACCUUAACCUCUCACAUCCCUUCUUCGACAGACUGCGAGGGUGGAGAGGGGCUUGAUUCCCAUUAUGCAGCUCACAAAUACACCCCAAUGCGACGUUCGGCCGACGGCUCUGCCCGCACCCCAGACCUGUCGGCGUUUGGUUUUGAUUUUCCCUUUGGUUGAACUCUGGGGAGGGAUGGAGCUGGGCAGGGAGGGUUGUUUUUGUUUUAUAUAUCCCAGGAGCCUGGUAGCACAGACCAGUUAGCCUCAUAAAGUCCAUGAGGUGCAGCUGGCCCUUCGGACCACAGCCAUAACCCAAGCGCGAUGGGAAGGUGAUGGACUGACAGAUGGUGGGAACGGCUGUGACAGUGCAAUAGAGACGAGCAUCCGCUGCUAGACAACUCCACUGAUUCAACUCUUGGUUUGCCUGAAGUCAAGAGGGAAGGACAGAUGGACAGAUGCCCUUGGUUCACACGGACAGAGAGAGCUUCCCCAAACGCAGCCCUGCCUGAUGAGACACAACCGCAACGGAGUUGGGUUGAACUUACAAGGAAAGAACUUUUUCAAAGAACAGGAAAAAAAAACAGAAAUAAGAACAACCUCAGUCGCAUGGAACUUGAAGGAAACGAACGAAACCCCAAGCACUUGCCUCAGAACUAGUUUCUCAUGCCUGGUGUUUGGCUCUGUAUUAUUUUAUGACAUUCAGUAUCAGUUGCCCAAACAUGCCAACUUAAGAGUGUAUUGGUGGCUCUGCUAGUGUGAACAAACUAAACGAAGCACUUUAUUCUGUAUAGAUAAGGGAAGACAGGGAGGGGAGGGGAAGCUUGGAUGCGUUUCAGAAGCGUCUUAAGUAACGUUCUAGGAAAUGUAUUAUUAUUAUUAUUAUUAUUAUUAUUACUUUUUUUUUAUGGCCAUGUGUAAUCAAUAUAUGUUUAUCUCUAACGCCAAGUACAGCAGUUACUCUCUUUGGGAUGGUGUGAUGAGGGGGAGGCCAACCCUGCUGGUUCAGCCCGUCAUUGUGAGGCCACCAGGGGCGAGUUUUGCCUUGUUGUUGGCUCCAUUGGCUGAUGCCCGGGAAGUCCCAAGAGGUGCAUCAACGCUGCCUUCCAAGCACAGCUCACAGCCAGCCUUGGCACCACGACCCCAGCAUGCAUCGCCAUCCUAAGCUGUCAUCAGCCCACAGGUGCUGGAGCUGCUCUCUGGGCUGCCCGCGAGCACGACGAGCCGUGGUGGGCUGUUCUGGGGUGUCCAUAGAGGCCAGGUCCUUGGCCGUGCUUUGAAACCUGCUUUUGGCCUCUCACCAAGGCACGUUCAGGGCUUCCUGAAAGCGGUGAGAGGACAGAACUGGGCCUUUCCACUGCGUUCUCCCGGUCUAGAAGUGUUACGACUGUUACCAAAGAGGUUGCAAGUGGAAGGACUGAAUCAAUAAACAAUUUGUCUUUUAUAAAAGAAAA